AUGAGUGCAGUGGUUGAAAAAGGAGUCGUUUAUCGGCGAAACGAACCGGGUACAAAGCGAGAAGAAUGGUGCAAAUGGCCUGAAAUGCCUUUCGAUGAGAUGGAUAGUACGUUGAAUGUGCAACAGUACAUCCAGCAGUGUAUCUAUGAAGAUCCAUCAGACGUGGAUAAAAUCUUAAAAGCGCCCGCCGGACAGGAGGAAGGUGUUUGGAAAUAUGAGCAUGUUCGGCAGUUUUGUAUGGAACUUAAUGGUCUUGCUAUUUUAUUACAGGACGAGUGUAAACCGGAUGUUUGCGUACAAAUGACUGCAACAGAUCAGUGGAUUUUCUUAUGUGCUGCCCAUAAAAACCCUAAAGAGUGCUCAGCGAUAGACUACACACGGCAUACGCUCGACGGGGCUGCAUGCCUUCUAAAUAGCAAUAAAUAUUUUCCAAGUCGGAUUUCCAUUAAAGAAUCAUCGAUUUCAAAAAUUGGCUCUGUUUGUCGUCGUGUUUAUCGUAUCUUUUCACACGCUUACUUCCAUCAUCGUGAAUUAUUUGAUCAAUUUGAGGUAACCUUAUUUGUGUCUCUUUUUCGUUAUCAUUACCUUUUUUUAAAGCGAAAUCGUCACUACACAACGUUCUCGUAG